GCCGCUCUGUGAGACAGUCUCUACUGCCGCGGCGGACUCGGGAGCUGCCCGGGCCGCUGCCGGCCCCGCCAUGACCAGAUGGGCUCGCCGAAACGGCGCUGCCGGCGGGAAGGCGCUGGAUGCCACCCCCUGGGAGGAGAUGGUGAGCGGCCCCGGGGGGCGGGAGGGCCGCUCAGGCCCUCUCUCCCUGAAGAAGGAGCAAGAGAAGAAGAAGAAGAAGAACAAAAAGAAAAAGGACUAUCUGAACGAAGACGUUAACGGGUUUGCGGCGUACCUGAAGCAGAGCUCGCGGGGUGGCGAGGUGGCCGAGGCAGACAGCGCUGGGUUGGAGAAGGAGGUAGCGAUAGCCUUGAAGAAGGACAAGCGGCGGGAGGAUAGGAGGCUGAAGAGGCAAGAAAUGAAGAAAAAUGCCAUGGUAUGUUUCCACUGCAGAGAACCUGGCCAUGGUGUUGCUGAUUGUCCUGCAGUACUUGAAAGUCAGGAUAUGGGUACAGGAAUCUGUUACCGGUGCGGAUCCACAGAACAUGACAUCAGCAAAUGCAAAGCAAAAAUAGAUCCAGCGGUUGGGGCAUUUCCAUAUGCAAAAUGUUUCAUCUGUGGUGAGAUGGGGCAUCUAUCAAGGUCAUGUCCCGAUAACCCCAAGGGAUUGUAUGCCGAAGGUGGCGGCUGCAGACUUUGUGGCUCUGUGGAGCACUUCAGAAAAGACUGUCCGGAAAAACAGAAUGCAGAUCAGGUUACGGUUGGGCGAUGGGCCAUUGGAAUGAGCGCAGAUUAUGAAGAAAUGACAGAAACACCAAAGCUGCAAAAACCAAAAGUGAAAGUACCCAAAGUUGUUACUUUUUGAGGGCCUCUUGGCUCUAAACCACAGUUAGCCUGCACUGCUUCACUCCAGAGUAGUGACUCCACAGAGUGGAUUGCUGGUUCCAGAAAAUCAAGCAGACUGCUGCUGCUAAAUUAUUUUGUUCCCUCUCGUUUUUCCAGUUUGCCUCCCAGACUCACCUAGCUUACUGAAAAGCUGGGAACAAUGGAAAUACAGGAAGUGGGUAUUUUAUUUUUAUAUAUCUCUGCUGAAAUACAGCAUUCUGUCUGAUUCACAUUCCCUCUCGCUGCCAGCUCUCUGAAGAGGGAAAUUGGCUUCUUCUCAUCACAGGGAUUUGGUUGCAGUAACCAAACAGGGUAUGUGCAUUUCAUCAUGGGGGUUUAUGACCACUGGAUUUUGGUGGUCAGUAUUGUUACCUUAAGCGUGCUGCUUUCACUUACCGGAGAUGAACACAAUCAUGCUGAUCUUACUAAGAGUAUUUCUUUGAAAGGGAUUGUGGGUAUUUUCUGAAGAGUCUUGUUGGGUUCUGGUUUGGCUUUGCCUUCUCCUUUUAGAAAGAAUUGAUUUCUUGCUUUGUAUGUGUCAGCUUGAGCAGUCUUGUGGUCAAGUUAUCAGGUAAACCCUACAGCCUGUAGAGCUGGAGGGGUGCGCUUCCCGCUACUCCUGGCAGGUCAGGUCAGAUAUGUACAUGCAUUAACCUGAUUGUUUAUGCAUGUUGGAUUGUUUGAGUAUUUGUUCACUAAUAGAAACAGAAUCAUGUCCUUCCUCUGAUACCCAUCGUGAAAUACACCUGAAAAAAGUUGGCGAGCAAGUGAGCAGCUUGCUUAUUUUCUUUACUUUUUUCAAGUGCUCAAAAAUCUUCAGUGUUUCUAUCCCUUUGUGCAUUGGGAGAAAACUUUGCUUUGUAUUACACAUGCCUGCUUAAUGGCAGAUUUAUUUAUUUUUAAAUGGAGACUUGCAGCCUGAAAAACUGCAGCCUUAGAAAAACUGAUACGUACUAAAAAACGUUACAAAACCAACUCAAAACAGAGUUCCUGCAACAGCUGUCCAAAUACUGUAGUAACUCAGCCUGUGCAGCCAGCAGUGGUAGCUUUGACUUGUGUCUGAUCAUCUCACCUAAGAUGAACAAGGAAGCACGAUGUUACUGGAGCAGUGCGCCUCGAGCUCACCUCACAUGCGGCGCUUCAUUCUGAACCGGCAUCUUGACAUCAUUCUGGGCAGCACGGGCAGGUGCUGCACAGGGUCUCUGCGCAGUGCUCUGCUGUGCUGUGUAGGCACGGACCUGCGCCCCUGCAACAUCAGGCUUCUCUGUCCUCUACUGCAGCUGUGGUUGCCAUCAGACAAAUACUUCAGUCUCCCAAAAAUCUUAAAUGUGCCUUCUAAAAACUUCAGAUUGCAUUAUACAGUAAUAAGCAAGUCCUUGAGGGAAGGCUACACAGUGGUAAAGCUAUUGCUUCUAAAGAAUUAAUUUACCUUUUCAAGAAAAGUGUUCUAAUGGUCCAUACAUCGCCUUGGUGAGAACAUGGAAGGAACAUCAGAGAGCAAACUUGAGCUCAGGACUGGGUUUUGAGGUGCUUAGGACCAGCCACGGAAACCAUAGGUUUGGAACGUACUUUUCUUACUGCAAGAAACAAAUACAGGAAUUUAAUUGUGUGGAUAUAUUUUGUAUUUGUACGUGUUAAUUAUUUUUAAUAAAAUGCUGCU